UUUUCAAAUGAUUUUUGUUGAAUUUCUUCUUAGAAUUUGGGGUAUAGUUAACCUAAAUUUAAAAAUGAUGAAUGAAUGUUGAAAAGUUUUAAAUUUCAAUUUAGGUAUUGUUUCUUAUUUAUAAUAAGGCUUCUUCUAUUUAAAACAAGAGCUUAAUAAUAGUCGACGAAGAAAUGGCUUCAACAACUGAAAUGAGUGAAGCUGAUCAAAUUAAAACGUUUAAGGACUUUCUCGUUCAGUAUAACAAGUUAUCGGAGUUAUGCUUUAAUGACUGUGUUCAUGAUUUUACUUCAAGAACUCUUAGAACUACUGAGGAAAAGUGCACCCUGAACUGCAUGGAGAAGUAUUUAAGGACAAAUCAAAGGGUAUCACAGAGAUUCCAUGAAUUCCAAAUGAUAGCUAAUGAAAAUAUGCUUGCACUUGCUCAAAAAUCUGGAAAUGCAAGUUAGGUUAGUCUAUAAUUUAUUAUAUUAGUUGUUUGCAUUUGUAAUUAAUGAAUAUAGGUUAUUGAAUAUAUUAUAUAACACCUA